UACAACAAUGUCGUCUCAAGGAACCCCACAAAGGGUCCCACUGAUGGUCAUUGUUAUACUAAAAACCACAAGGAUUGGGAUACCUCUCUCUGUCAGACUGAUUAUAACCAUUGGUUAUCAGUCACUACUACAAAGUUAGCCCCAUAAAGGUAAUCAUGAAAUUUUUCACACACACUCCACUUAAGUGCGAGAAACUCCAAUUUGUGUGCAGGAUAUCUUGCCUCACUGGCUGACAAACCGCGGCUGGCGUAGGCGAUUACCCUCAGCUGACCUCCUUGUUCCUGAUAUAAAGCUGCUCCGAGCCCAGUAGUACUGGCAUCAGUAUGUAAAAUGUACGGCAACUUUGGAUUGGCAAAACCAAGAACUGGGGAAGUAGUCAAUUUCUCAAUAAGUGUUUUGAAGGCUAACUGGCAAACGGGUGACCAUCGCUCUCUGAAAGGCUGUUUCAUGUCCUGGAUCUUGGAUGGUCUGGGUUUUCUCUUUGACUUGGAGGUAGGUAGACAGCCACAUGUCAAAUAGUUAAGAGGUUUAGCAAUGGUGGAGUACCCUUUUAUAAACCUCCGAUAAUAUCCAGCAAACCCUAAGAAAGAUUUAAGCUCCUUAAGGGUUCUGGGAAUUGGCCAGGAUUUUAAAGCGAGAAUUUUAUAUGGAUCGGUCUCAAUUCCCUUCUCCGAAACAAUGUGUCCUAAAUACUUUACAGAAGUUUGGAAAAAUUUACAUUUUUCAAGAGAGAGUUUCAGACCAUGUUCUUUCAGGCGAUGUAAAACCCGCAGUAGCCUCUGCUCAUGUUCUUCUUAUGAGUCUGAAAAGACAAUGAGAUCAUCAAAAAAAACAAGAACUUCUUUUAAAUGGAGAUCUCCCAUGCUCUUCUCCAUUAGCCUCUGAAAAGUAGAUGGAGCGUUUGUUACCCCUUGGGGCAUUCGAUUGAAUUCCCAAAAGCCAAUAGGCGUCACAAAAGCCGUUUUAGCUUUAUCAUAUUCGUUCAUCUCAAUCUGAUAAUACCCAGAUUUCAGAUCGACAACACUGAACCAUUUUGAACCAGGCAGAGCCAAAAGAGACUGCAAUAACAGAAAGGGGUGGAUUACAUCUGCAAAGUUCUUUGUAGAGAGAAGAGACUUUCUCCUUCAACCCCUUAGAACUGCUCUUGCUCAGUCUUUUAAUUAUAUUCAUGUCAUUAACUUUGACCUAUGUCUUGCUAACUGAGGCACGUAGAGGCUGAGAUGAAGCUCCUGGGUUUUUCUCAUGUCUCUGAGCAUUUCACACUCUGACCUUGGGGUAAAUUUGCCAGGACGUCCACUACUGGGAAGAUUGUCUGAAAUGUUCUUCAGCCCCAAAUAAUCUUACUCUUUGUAUGAUGGACUUCAGAUUUUCUGGACCAACCUUAUAACCAUUCCCAGAUUGAUGGGCAGCAACAGUUGUUAGUCCAAGGUCAGUGCUGCUGUCUUUCCAUCUUGGCAUUGUGUUAACAUAUAUCUGUAUGCUUCAAAGCCGCAAAGUGACAAAAACCCUGCUUUUACAGAGCUUCUCACACUGCUGAUGGUUCGUUAAUGAAGCGCUUUUAGAAGGUUCUCCUUCCUCUUCUAACUUCAACAGAAGCACAAAGUUUUAUGACUUCGUGCUUCUUUGUUUAAUGACUCUGGCUCAUAAUUAAAGGAAAACAGCGUUUAUUAUGUGUUUGUACAGAAAGUGAGAACUCUUUUCCACUUCUAAAUAAAUAAAUACAUUUACUGGCAUGAAAUAAAAAACUAAAACACAAAAUUAAAACACAGAAUUUUGCAUUACUAGUAUGUGAAACAAAUGCGAGCUUUUGCAAGAAGUGCCUAAAGAAAUGUUGCUGCAUUAGACUUGAUUUGUUGGUUGCCUUCAAGAUUUCACAUGUUUAUAUAUAUGUACAUAAAUACCUGUAACAAUAUUUUUUAGGUUUUUAUAGAAGGGUUAUCCAGACUAUUGAUUCCUGAAUACUACUUGCUUUAAUAAGAGCUGGGGUCAGGAGGAUGUCAGCUAUUUUCGGUCUCUGGAGACAUUUGGCUGACUCUGCUCUCUGCAUGUCCUGCUCAGUGUGAUGCUAUCCUUUCUCUCCCUGCCUCUGAGCCUCAGAGCUCCGCCUCGGAUGUUGCUGCAUGCUUGUUUAUCUGAUUACAGCCUUGCAGGAGCUGCUUUCUCCUUAAAGCGACACCAGUUUAAUUAAUCAGCAUGAACAACCAGCAGCAGCAGGAGCAGUAGGAAGAGGACUAAGGAGAUAGACUAAGGGGAUGCAGAUGAAGAGGAGCAUCCAUCUUCUCUCCGCCUCCCUGAUCUCAGCACCUUUGAGGAGGAUUAUGAAACCGCCUGUAAUCUGAGCCGUCAUGUCUGCUGGAAAACACUCUAACAUCCCCUCCUCCUCCUCCCGUCUUGGAUCUCCAUCCUGCAGAAUGCAUGGACCGUAAAUGCGUCACGUUUGUUCCUCUGUAGAUGACGUUAGAAAUUCAGAGCGUCGGUGAAGCUGCGGAGUCUCCUGUGCGGCCUGCAUCCCCGCAGCUUCCUCUGUGAGGUAACGCUACGGCCUCCCCCGCACCGCGCCGCACCGCUCUUCCUCCUCCUCAUGGACCACUGAGAAACGCCUUUCCGCCCUCUCCACGCCGCAGACGCGGCGCGCAGAUGUGGCGCGAAGAUGCGGCGCGCCUGGAUGCCUGCGCUACUCGCCGCGUCCCGGCCGCUCGUUGAGGCUCUGAUCCGGGGGAGCGGCUGCCCGCGGCGCAGCAGGAUGGUGCGCAUCGCCAGCGCGCUGGGGCUCGUCAUCUUUAGCGUGGCGUUACUCAUCCUCUCGCUGAUCAGCUACGUGUCCAUCAAGAAGGACUUCCUGCCCGGCUCCCCCAGAUACGGACCAAACGGAGGGCCCAGAAUGUACAUGUUCCACACGGGGUUCCGCGAGAGGCCACCUCGUAAGCCUGACCUGAGCUCCCAGCUGGCCAUGAAGUAUCUGGAUCCAGACUUCACUCCUCUGACCAACGCUCUGAGCGAGGACCUGCAGAACUCCUCUAAAUGGAGGUACAACAGCACUGCUUUCACACAGCUGAGGACAGAGAUUUCUCAACAUAUUGACGUCCCCCGUAACUUUACGCUGACUCGUGACUCCGUCAGAGUUGGCCAGCUGAUGCACUUCGAUUAUUCCAGCCACAAGUAUGUCUACUCCAUCGGCGAGAACUUCCGAUCGCUCCUCCCGGAGGUCUCGCCGAUCAUCAGCAAGCACUACAAUGUCUGCGCUGUGGUUGGAAACAGCGGCAUCCUCACCGGCUCGCGCUGCGGGGCCCAGAUAGAAAAAUAUGACUUUGUCUUCCGAUGCAACUUUGCUCCAACAGAGAUUUUUAAGAAGGAUGUUGGGCGUCGGACCAAUAUGACAACCUUUAACCCCAGCAUCCUGGAGAAAUACUACAAUAAUCUGCUGACUGUGCAAGACAGGAACAACUUCUUCCUAAGCCUGAAGAAGCUGGACAGAGCCAUCCUUUGGAUUCCAGCGUUUUUCUUCCACACGUCAGCCACGGUGACGAGAACACUGGUGGACUUCUUUGUGGAGCAUCGAGGCCAGCUGAAGGUCCAGUUGGCUUGGCCUGGAAACAUCAUGCAAAAUAUCAACAAUUACUGGAAAACCAAGCAGUUGUCUCCGAAGCGCCUGAGCACUGGGAUCCUAAUGUACACUCUGGCAUCCUCCAUGUGCGACCAAAUUCAUCUGUAUGGAUUCUGGCCCUUUGGCUGGGAUCCCAACACUGGAAAGGAGCUGCCAUACCACUACUACGACAAGAAGGGCACCAAGUUCACCACCAAAUGGCAGGAGUCCCAUCAGCUGCCAGCUGAGUUCAAACUCCUCUACAAGAUGCAUACAGAAGGAUUGCUGAAGCUCAGUCUUUCCCAUUGUGCUUAGGGCUACAACUGAACAGCACAUCCAACGUCCUAAAUUAGAGAAAUCACCUGACCUGGAUUCAUGCAAUUCAUGGAAAAGCAAAAUUAGACUUUAAGAAUAAAUGGGUCAGCUCUUGGAAAGAAUCUAACCUUGCAGAUGUUAACAAUCCAAUACACUGAUUUAUUUGUUUUCUAAGGUUUAAUAUGAAACAUUAUUCAAAUUGUUUUCUAUUUUCUGGUUUUUGUGUUGGUCUCAUAUGCUAUAUCUAAAAUCUGAAAAUGUAUUUACAACUUUUGACCAUCUCAACAUGAUUUGUGGACUGCAGGGCUCUAGGAACAGAGAGUUAUAUAGAUUCAAAAUAGCAAGCUAGACGUCUAGCUAAUAACAGUUAACUGUCAUUUGAGUUUAGUGUGACAAUCUGUUUUCCAUUUCUGUUGCACAGUUUAAAAACUUUUAUUGAACCCCAGUUGUUCCAUGAAAACCAGAUUUGUUGUGAAAUGUUUUCUGAUGGUUUGUUAGUAGCUCUGGAUCGCUAAAGUCUGAUAGCCUUUAAUAUAGCUAGUUUAUGCUAGCUAUGCUAUCUGGCCAUUUUUAUUUUCCAUUGCACUUAUAAUUUAUCUACUUCUGCUUCUUAAGCACUUAAUUAUUUAAACCUAUUGCCUUCAAUAAUCCAAAGUUAUAUUCAAAGAUUUACUGGCUACUGUAAAAUGAUUUCUAAUGUUCAGAAACUCGUGUCAAAGCUAGUAGCUGUUAGCUGUCAUUCUGGUUUUCAGUGAGAGUAAUCUGUUUUGUAAUUCUGUAGCUGAUUUAAUGCUGUUAGCCAGAUAUUUUCUUAUUAGUUAUCUGAAAAGCUAAUAGCUAGGCCCAGUGGUUUUAUUAAAAUUAUAUUCAAACAUUUGCUGAUGGUAAGCUGGCAGCCCUGUAAGAAUGCUAACCUAUAUAGAGCUGCCACAUUUGUUACACCCUUUAAAACUGUUGUUUAAUGGUUCCAUUAAAACCAUAUUUGUCUUCAAGCUUUUAUUGAUAGUUUUUUGACAGCCUUAGAAGAUUGCUAAUAUUUGUUUGCCGUUGCGGGUUAAAUGCAUUUAGCUGCCAUUUCCAUCUUCAGUGUUGCUGUUUUCUAAUUGAGUUACAUGUUUGAAAUCCUGUUGUUUAGGUCUAGUGGUUCCAACAUUUAUAUUUUGAUAUUAUCUGACAGUUAUGUGGUAGCCUAAAAAAUGCCCCCAACCAUUAGUUGUCAGAAAUGCUUUCUUUAAAUAUUUAUUUAGUAGAACUUCUAGAUAAAUUAAAGGAGAUGUUUUGUUGAAUGUUUAAAAUUGUAAAAUAAUUAUUUUUCUUUUAAAUAUUAUGUGACUUAAAUAGUAGUUGGCUGCUCUAAUAUUGUGAGACUGUAAAUCUGCUAAAACCAAGGCUACCAAGUGUGGAUCCUUGAUGUUAGAUUAUAAAUCUGCAAGGAGACAGCAACAACGGGCGAUCUACCGCACAAAUGUUGAAUGUGCUGCACCUCCAUCCAUCACCCUGACCUCCACACCCUUGCUUUCCGCUUCAUUGCAUACCAAACACUCUACCUCCUGCGUUGGUGCUGAAUGUUCCCACUGGAGAGGAUGGAUCUCAUUUAAAACUCAAGAAUAAAGCAGGGAUCAGGGAAACAUAUUAUAUGACUGAGGUGUUAAAGAAAAUAACCUUAUGCCAAGCAUUAAUUCCUACUUUGUUUGGUUUUAUAAUGAGAGCUUAAACAGUGAGACAGUGUAAAAUUAAAGCACUUAGAGAAUUAAAGCCACAAUUUGUCACUGUCCUUGACUCAGUGACACAAAACACACAAUUCUCCUUGCAUUUUGCCAUGUAACAGCCUGUGGUUUUCAUCUAUCAGCUAUGAAUGGGUUCAGUUACUUUGGACUAAUGAAGAAAAAAGUUUUGGUCAGGCGUUUCUUUUAUUUACAAGAUAAAUUGUAAAUUUGGUGGAAAUGUUCUUGCAGUCCAUAUGGAUGUGCAUCCUCAGGUUUUUCUGACUGUAAUAAAGUAGAAUGUGGUUUUAUUGUUGCUUCUCAGUCUCUCAUUAAAGUUUUAAUUAUUUUAUUUUAGUGAUACUGAUUUAAAACCUUAUUUCUAGUUAUUUCUGUCUAGAUUUAAUAUUUAUGUUGCUGUUCCCAUCUGCCCUUUAAAACAGAUAAAUUGACAUGAAACCACUGAAUGAAGUGUAGGCUCAAUACAUGUAAAUUAUUGUCUUGAACAUGUUUAUCUUUCUUGCAGGUAUGAAAGUCGUGUUUUUAUAUGUGAUGCCAUGUCUGAAACAACCAAAACUAGGUACAUUUUUGUACCUUUAGCUGCAUAUUCUGCUUCUUGGCUCCAUUUAUUUUUCUGCUUUAUUUUGUAAAAUAUGUACAUGACUAGAAAUGUGUAUUUUCAUGAAGGCUGAUCAUGCUGAAAAAGGAAAAUAUUAUUUGCAACAUGAUUUCUAAAUCUUAAAAUUAGUUAAAAUGGGUAAUGUGGUUGGUUUUCUCUUAUGUUUCAUUUUUCUAACAUGUGUAGGGUUAUACUUCAGUAGAAUGUAUUUUCUGCAUUUUGAAUGAAACUGGAGCUGCCCAUCAUAUCAGUAAGUCGUGAAGGAUAACUAUAUACACAAGAACUACAUUUAGAAAUCACACAAAAAGAUACUGUAGUUUGAAAAUGUUUCAAAUAAUCUAAGAGUGAAAAUAAACUAUAUAUACUCUGUAUUAAUCAUUUAAUCACUGAAUAAACUCAAUCCUUACUUUGUCAAA